GAUCAUUUGAUUGGGUAUAUUUUAGCGGAAGCACAUGUUUUCCAUGUUUACAUUUUGACCAUGUCAUCAUCAAACUUUACAAAACUUUUUGAGUUCUUUUCAUUGAUAGGCCAGUUAAAGCGUGUACAGAGAACAGGAUGGGUGUUACAUAAAGUGAGUGAUCCGGAAAGUGUAGCAGAUCAUAUGUACAGGAUGUCUAUGAUGGCUUUCCUUGCCGACUCUACAUCAGGGCUUAAUAAAGAGAGAUGCAUUAAGAUGUCACUGGUGCAUGACCUGGCAGAGUCUAUUGUCGGAGAUAUCGCUCCAGCUGAUUGUGUAGACAGGGAUGAAAAAUACAGAAGAGAAAAGACAGCUAUGAACCAUAUAUCAACUUUGGUGAGUGAAGAAGUUGGAUCAGAACUGAUGGGCCUUUGGUUGGAAUAUGAAGAGGAGAAGACUGCAGAAGCAAAGUUUGUAAAAGAUUUGGAUAAGUUUGAUAUGGUAUUUCAAGCCUACGAGUAUGAACAGUUAGAAAGCAAGCCAAGAUUUUUACAGGAAUUUUUCGACUCUACAAAAGGAAAAUUUAAAACAGAGACUGUUCAAAACUGGGUCACAGAAUUAGACAGAUUAAGAAACCAGUCUACUUCAUUACGGAAUAGUGCCAGUCCACACUCAAGCGAUGUAGGUCAGUCAACAAAUAACAGGGAAUCAGCUAAAGUGAAACCAUUCAUUCAUGGUGAAUAACAUACAACGGUCCACAUAUUUUUAAAAAAACAAUUGCAGAAGAGUUUUAUUCCAAAGAAGCAUGUCACUUUUGAAUGACAAAUGUGCACAAAUUAUGCAUAACAUAGCACAGAGAAGCAGUGUGUUUAAAAAUUAGACAAAAGAGUACAACUUGAUUCUAACCAGACUGGCUACUGUGAAAUCAUUAAUAUUCGUGGGGAACUAAUUUUCGUGGAUUUCAUGGUUGAGUCAAUCCACGAAAUUUUAUCCCAACAAACAAGUAAAAUGCCCAUUCAUUUUAUGUUCAAAAUUUGAAAUCCAUGAAUUUAUAUCCCCACGAAAUUGCUGUUUUGAUCAAAACCACAAAAUUUCAUGCCCACGAAAUUAAAUGAUUUUACAGUGUAUCAGAUUUUAAUUUAUAAGACCUUUUUUUGGCUCUCUCAAGGAUGGUCAUUAUAUACAGGUUUGACACAUAGACAACUUUGAAGAGAUACUGCGGAAUCUUUUAUUUUUCGUGGAUACAAAAUUUUGUGGUUUUGGCCAAAUCGGCUUUUUUGUGGGAAUAUGAAUUUGUAGAUGUCCGCUUUAGAACAUAAACGGGAAUUUUACCUGCUUGUUGAGAUUUUAUGGAUUGUGUAAACCAUGAAAUCCAUGAAAAAUAGUCCCCAAUAUGUUAAUGAUUUCACAGUAAGAAAACAGUCGAAACUCGCAAUCUUGAAUUUUAAGCGUUUUACUUUGCGAGAACAGAAAUUCGACUUGAAUCAAUGUUUUGUGUAUGUAUUUUUGGGAUGGGACUUGAAAAAUGUCUUCGAGAUAGCUGGAAUUUUGAGAUAAGCAAGUAUCGACUUUAGUUUGAAAGCACAAGACAGUGUUGAUAUUUCUAUAGAGAAGAGUUUGAAGAUUUUGGUACUAGUGAUGAAUUUUUUUCCAACUCAAGAUAUAUAAAUUGGCUGAUGUGGUCACUGGCAAGACUGGUAUACAGUCAGACCUUCAUAUAAAGACCGGAAUUGUGAAAUUCAAAAAAGGAAGGUGGUUUUAAUUCACAGGUUACAAUACAGUGCAAAUGUUUUAAAUCAGAAAUUAAAACUAGUGGACUGUUAAGAGGCAGGUAGUCUCUGUUCAAAGAUGUUUUUCAGCACAAGUUCAAUUUUUACUGUAUACUGACAUACAUGUAUUUUACAAAUAUUGUAUUAAUGCACAUCACAAUUUAGUGAAUGGUUUUAAAAUUUAGGCCAAACAAAAAACACCUGUGUUAGAAUAUUAGAACUCACCCUUGAAUUGAACCCUGAUCGUAACAUUUUUUUCUUCAUUUUUAGCUCACCUGAGCAAUGCUCAGGUGAGUUUUUCUGAUCGCUCGAUGUCCGGCGUCUGUCGUCCGUCGUCUGUCGUCUGUCGUCUGUCGUCUGUCAACAUUUAGCUUGUGUAUGCGAUAGAGGCUGUAUUUUUCAAUUAAUCUUCAUGAAUAUUGGUCAGAAUGAUAACCUUGAUAAAAUCUAGGCCGAGUUCGAAAAUGGGUCAUCUUGGGUCAAAAACUAGGUCACUAGGUCAAAUCAAAGAAAAACCUUGUGUAUGCGAUAGAGGCUGUAUUUUUCAUUUAAUCUUCAUGAAUAUUGGUCAGAAUGAUAACUUUGAUGAAAUCUAGGCCGAGUUCGAAAAUGGGUCAUCUCGGGUCAAAAACUAGGUCACUAGGUCAAAUCAAAGAAAAACCUUGUGUAUGCGAUAGAGGCGGUAUUUUUCAAUUAAUCUUCAUGAAUAUUGGUCAGAAUGAUAACCUUGAUGAAAUCUAAGCCGAGUUCGAAAAUGGGUCAUCUCGGAUCAAAAACUAGGUCACUAGGUCAAAUCAAAGAAAAACCUUGUGUAUGCGAUAGAGGCUGUAUUUUUCAAUUGAUCUUCAUGAAUAUUGGUCGGAAUGAUAACCUUGAUGAAAUCUAGGCCGAGUUCGAAAAUGGGUCAUCUCGGGUCAAAAACUAGGUCACUAGGUCAAUCAAAGAAAAACCUUGUGUAUGCGAUAGAGGCUGUAUUUUUCAAUUAAUCUUCAUGAAUUUUGGUCAGAAUGAUUGCCUUGAUGAAAUCUAGGCCGAGUUCGAAAAUGGGUCAUCUCGGGUCAAAAACUAGGUCACUAGGUCAAAUCAAAGAAAAACCUUGUGUAUGCGAUAGAGGCGGUAUUUUUCAAUUGAUCUUCAUGAAUUUUGGUCAGAAUGAUUACUUUGAUGGAAUCUAGGCCGAGUUCAAAAAUGGGUCAUCUGGGGUCAAAAACUAGGUCACUAGGUCAUAUCACGUAAAAACCUUGUGUAUGCGAUAGAGGCUGUAUUUUCAAUUGAUCUUCAUGAAUUUUGGUCAGAAUGAUUACCUUGAUGAAAUUUAGACCAAGUUCGAAAAUGGGUCAUCUGGGGUCAAAAACUAGGUCACAAGGUCAAAUCAAAGAAAAACCUUGUGUAUGCAAUAGAGGCUGUAUUUUUCAACUGAUCUUCAUGAAAUUUAGCCAGAAUGAUUACCUUGAUAAAAUCUAGGCCGAGUUCGAAAAUGGGUCAUCUGGGUCAAAAACUAGGUCACUAGGUCAAAUCGAAGAAAAACAUUGUGUAUGCAAUAGAGGAUGUAUUUUUCAAUUGAUCUUCAUGAAAUUUGGUCAGAGUGAUUGCCUUGAUGAAAUCUAGGUCGAUUUUGAAUAUUGGUUAUCUGAGGUCAAAAACUAGGUCACUAGGUCAAAUUAAAGAAAAAUCUUGUGUAUGCGAUAGAGACUGUUUUUUUCAAUUGAUUUUUAUGAAAUUUGGUCAGGUUGAUUGCCUUAAUGAAAUCUAGAUCGAAUUUGAAUAUGGGUCAUCUGAGGUCAAAAACUAGGUCACUUGGUCAAAUCAAAGAAAAAACUUCUGUAUGUGAUAGAGGCUGUAUUUUUCAGUUGAUCUUCAUGAAUUUUGGUCAGAAUGAUUGCCUUGAUAAAAUCUAGGUCGAGUUUGAACAUGGGUCAUCUAGGGUCAAAAACUAGGUCAUAUCUAAGAAAAUGCUUGUUUUAUCGCAAGAGACCAAUUUUUUGGUCCAAUCUUAAUGAAAAUUGGUCAGAAUAUUUGUUUCCAUGAAAUCACUAGGUCAAACAUGUUUUACACUGUUAUGGAGUGUUUCUUAGGUGAGCGACCUAGGGCCAUCUUGGCCCUCUUGUUUCUUAUUUAUUGUUGUAUUCACUAUGAUAUUAUAUGCUUCUGAUCUUUGAGAGGAAGUUGUUAUCAUAUAUACUGAAUAAAAUAGCUAACUGACCAUUUAAUUUGCAAAUAACAGUUAUUGAAAGUGCAUUUUAGUGAAACUUACUGUUGGCUAAGAGCAAUAUACAUAUGUAUUUUUAAUGCACGAAAAAUUUUUUUUAUAAUAUAAUUAUGUGAUAAAAUUUCAAAAUUUCAACAAAGUCUAACAAUGGAAUCAUAUAUAUUUUAGGAUUUCAACCCAUUUUUGAAUAGUCACAAAAGUUCACUAAAAUGUCUAAAAUUGACAGAAGUUUUACAUGAUACGAGGGGAGAAAAUGACAUAAAAAUGAAAUAACAUCAUUAUAGUUGUACCCUAUCAAAAAGGUCAUUUGACAGUUGUAUGAUAUUUUAGUCAUUUUCUAGCAAAAAUAAAAA